AUGCGAUGGCAUUCUCUUGAUGUCGGUUCGCUUCACUAUCCUUUACCAGGCGGAAAGAAUCCUGUUGUAGAAGUCCAUAUCAUCGCUAUCGACUCGCCUGAUCGUGUGGUGUCUCUAUCAAGGUCUACGGAGUUUUCGGUUGACUCUGUCUUGUUCGAGGUGGCUUGGACCACUUCCGAUAUGCUUCUCGUAAAGGAGAUGAGCAGAGAUGCGGUGAGAGGACAAGUGCUCAUGUUUAACUGGACACAGUUGGUUCCGAGUCGACCACAGCUCGAAGGGGAAGUAGUCCGUCAAGUAGAUCUCAAGCCAGGUUGGAUCGAGUGUGAACAAACGAUAUUUCCUCUGCCAUCGACGGUUCUAGGUCUUUCGGCAUAUCUGGACAUUGUGGAGGACCGUGAAGGGUACAAGCAUAUUGCAGUAUUUGAGUCUUCACGAUCCUCGGAGCCCUACUUCAUAACCCAAGGCAAAUGGGAGGUUACGGGAAAGCUUCUUGGUGUGAACGAAGAACGUAAAACUGUUUACUUCCAGGCCGCAUACCCCACGUCCAUCCAGAGAAGCAUACUAUCAGUAAAUAUCAUCGAAAAACAGCCUUUUCUCUCUGUAACACCGAUAGCUGAAGACGGCUAUUACCGGGCCGAUUUUUCGCCAUCUUCAGAUUAUCAUCUGUUGAGUUACGAAGGACCAGGCAUUCCGUGGCAAAAAAUCAUGACCGCCGAUGGAGACCGUCCCUUGUACACACCGGGAGACAAUGAUCAUCUGAGAACCAUUCAAGCAACAGAAGAGAUGCAUCUUCUGACGAACAGUUACGAUGGUUUUGACUUCAACAUCAAAGAGAUACGGCCGCCGAACAUGGACACCUCGGGGGAAACCAAAUAUCUAGUGCUAUUUACCGUUUCGGGGGCUCCGUCUAGCCAGAUCGUCAAUCUUAUGUUUCGCAGGGAUUGGAACUCGUAUGUGACGCAUAAACUGCGAAGUAUCGUCGUAAUGAUGGACGGAAGGGGUACGGGAUACCAAGGACGAAAUCUGAGAAGCCCUGUGAAGAACCGACUUGGUCGUUGGGAAGCACGGGAUGCACCACGAAACCGGGGUGAUUCUGUUCAACUCCUGAUAUGGAUGACAAAGUAA